AUGGCGGACCGAAUUUUGGCAGCGAAGCUAGCAGCUGAUGCGGACGCCUUGUCCCCGAGAGAUGCUAAUGCUCAGCUCCCAAACCGGGUGGUAGCCGUUGCGAAAGCUAAAGCGAUGCCAGCCCCCAAAGUUGUUCAGAAGGAAAAGGAGCCUCCGCCACAGCCCCCUCCCGUUGUUUACGAGCCGCCGAGCUUUGAUCGCAAAGACGGAGCUGCGUAUCAGGUCGGGAAAAUGCUUGGGAAGGGUGGCUUCGCCGUCUGCUACGAAGGAUAUCUCGCGGGGAGUAAAAGCAGGAGGAAGUAUGCACUAAAAAUCGUCAAGAGUAAAAUGCCGUCUAAGAUGGAGCAAAAGUUUCAAACCGAAUUACAAAUUCAUUCUAAAAUGAAGCACCAAAACAUUGUUCAGUUUCUCAGGGCCUUUUCCUUUGAGAACUGUACUUAUCUAGUUCUGGAGCUAUGUCCUAAUGGCUCGUUGAUGGAUAUGGUUAAGCGAAGAAAGGGAUUGACUGAACCCGAGGUGCGAUUUUACUCAAUACAGAUUGCUGGUGCCAUCAAGUACAUGCAUGCCAAAGGUAUAAUUCACCGAGACUUGAAGAUGGGCAAUAUCUUUCUCGAUAAGGAUAUGAAUACCAAAAUUGGCGACUUUGGCCUGGCGGCGCUGCUGGUUACAGGCAGAGACAUGCAAACAAUUCGUCGUACAACAUUGUGCGGGACGCCGAAUUAUAUUGCACCCGAGAUUUUAGAGAAGGGAAAGAAAGGACAUGACCAUAUGGUCGAUAUAUGGAGCUUGGGUAUUAUUAUGUUUGCUAUGCUCACCUCCAAGCCGCCCUUCCAAUCUUCAACGACGGAUGAGAUCUAUCGUCGUGCUAAAAAUCGGGACUAUGAAUGGCCUAAACCAGACAGUUCUAACAAGUAUAUCUCUGAAGAAGCGAAGGAUGUUGUCGCUACUAUGUUGGAAGAGGCGGAGUUACGGCCCGACCCUGACACCAUUGUCCAACACGACUUCUUCCUCUCAGGUUAUAUCCCGACGUCAGCAGAAAUAACAAUAAAAUUACGCGAUUACCCACCCGAUGGAAAUCACUUUUACGAUAAGGAACUAACACCGCGGAUGGCCGCUCAGAAUAUGCGUAACCUAAAGGAGAUGUGUAGGAGCUGUGAGGUUGGACCUUGGAACAGCGCUCAAUCAGUGUACAAGAGCACUUGGAGAGAAGUUGCACUAGAAGAAAAAGCAGGACUCACCCCGGUUAUUCCACUUGUCGAAGGGAUUGUUUAUAGACCUUACGAUGAUGUUAGCAGGGAGCGAAAUCUUGUCCAAGUACCCUCCCGCGCGGCCCCGCUACCUAUUACGAAGAAAGAAGAUGAAAGCACGGGGACGCAAGGAGGAACCAACGGUUUAUUACGAGCGCCGCCUCAGAGUUUUGCAGCACAGCAGCGGGCACAAAGUCGCCCAGCAAAGCCAUCUGGUAUAGUACGAUCUCGUACGUUGGAUGAUAUGCACGCACCUAGUGCUACUAGCACUAUGCGAUCGUCACGCCCAAGGCGAGAACUCGCUCAGAGCACAUCAGAGAACAGUCUCGCCUCAAAAGUAGCCGCUUUAACUCUAUCAUCAUCAACCACACAGCAACCCAAAGCAGCGGAGGCGCGUUUGCCUGCCCCGACACCAGAGGAGAGAGCACCCCCUCAGAAGCUGACUGAGCGAGAGACAACGUCUAGAAUAACGAAGGUGCCUACGGAAAUGCCUACGGGGACCUUAUUUGGACCUGCAGAGCGCAAGAUGGCGGUACCGGAUACACAGCCCGAUUUUGUACUGGACAGACUCCAGCGUUUGCAGAAUGAACUCGAGCGUGCCCUUAACUCUAGAUCGAUGGCCAUUAUGGGCAAAGGACCAACACCAGCGCCACCACAUAUCGUCGUUAAGUGGGUAGACUACUCCAACAAGUUUGGUCUGGGUUAUAUCCUGAACGAUGGAAGUGUUGGUUGCGUGCUCAAGAGCAUACCUGGUAGUGCUAAAGGAGGUAAGACGGUUACACUACCGCCAAGCUGCAUCUUAGUUCGGGAGGCCGAACAGCACUGCUCGCGACGGCACGAUCCUGGAUAUCCCGAUCGAAGUCAGAUUAUUCCCAUGAGUCAGGCGGUACAAUUUUACGAGAACAACGGCGAGUCUGGAUUAUCCACAGUCUUUGUCCAUCCUUCGCAGUUCAAAAUCAGCAUAGGCCCAGAUGGAACCCCCGGAAAGAUACCAGUGGGUCGCGAUAUCUUUGACUAUCGCAAGCGGGAGCAUCUUAUCUUGUGGAAGAAGUUUGCCAACUACAUGAUGGCGUAUGGGCGGGAUCAAGAUGCCACAACGGACGACACCGGUCUAGUACAGGUUCCCACAUCUACUAAGCAGACGAUGCCUCCGUGUGACGUUGUUACCUUUUACCAGCGGAUUGGAGACGUAGGCUGCUGGGCCUUUGCCGAUGGCCAUCUCCAAUUCAACUUCCCCGACCAUACGAAGAUUGUUCUCGACGCGACCGGAACAUGGUGCCACUUCUGGCAUCUCCCACAGGAAGCAGCUGAGAAGCUAGCAACCACGGGCGAAUUGGACGAAACUGCUCUUGAUGAGAGAGCUGUUCUGUCUUAUCCGCUGCAGACCCUCCUAAACUUUGCUGCUAAGCCGGCUAUCCGACCAACGCGUAACGCUACACGCAAGCGACCGGAGAUUAACCCCAUGCUGCAGGGUAUUCCCAUGGCCAAUGAUUUCCGUCGAAAGAUCGAAUUCAUCAAGAAUAUUAUCAAGGAGUGGGUUGUGAAUGGUGGUUUGGGUAAUAGUAAUAUGGAUCGCGAGCACCGACAGCAGUGGAUGGGCUGCCGCGAGACUAUGCACAGCGGGCCCAGCAAGCAUGUCUGGGUCACAAUCGGAGCUCGCUGGGGCGAUGAGAGAUACUCGGCUCUCGUCGAUCCCAAGAGGCCUGGGGAACUGGGUAGCGAAGUCGAGUCUACCAAGGGGAGCGCGUAA